AUGUCUUUAAGGAGCUCUAAAGCUUCUCUGAGCUCUCCUUCGGUGCAGAGGCAGUCGAUCACUGAACUUGCUGCUCGAGCACAAGCCCUGUAUAAGAGAGUUGAAAGUGGUUACGUCAGGAAUAAUACCGCGGCCCGUGAGAGAUCGAGCGAGCUCGGUGGCUUCCUGGACUCGAUUCUCCGUACACAAAGUGCUGAUUAUGGAAUUCCUCGUGAAAGCAUCUGCUCAAGCACUUCCAUGGCUUCCUUGACUCGGCUCGAUUUACAAAGGCCGGACACAACAGUGUUGUACGUGAACACUAUUGAACGUGAGCUGAUCGGGACAGAAGCCCUCUUUCACCAUUUCUUGCACGAAAACCAGAGCCUCCUCGACACGGCCCGCUUUGCAGAAUCCACUUAUCAACACAUUUACAGUCACAUUAGUCCAAGGGCACUUGGCUGCGGCCAUUUGCUCCCAAACCCUCAAAGCUCCACUAAAGUUACCUUCUUGGAUGUUUUCUCAUCCGGGCUCAGCCCGUAUUUGGGCAUCUCCUCCAUUAACAGGAUUGCAGGCCUUAUCUGGUGGGCCUUGCACAACCCCUUUAUCAGUAUGUUGAAAGUCGAGACGUCGGGCAAAACGCCUUCUCUCAGCAUUUUGGAGUGCAGGUUCUCGACGAGUAUGAGUUUGUUCCCGUCAACGAGAAGAUUCAGCAGGAAGUUAUACGUGUGGGUCGUGGGCUCCACCUGGAACUCAUCCCGCAUCGAAUCGAGAACACCCACUGCCUCGUCAUACAUCUCGAAUUUCGCGCAACUAUCGAUCACGAUAAAGAAAGUACCUUCAUCGAGUUCAACACCCGAAAGCUUCAUAUGCUCCAGAACCCACCGUAUGUUUUUGAACGAUCCCGCAGUCCCGAGCUUCUGGAUGAUUUCUUGGUAUAUAGCGAGAGUGGGCUUGAAAUUGGGCUGCCGUGAGGCCCACUUGAAGAGUUUCAGUGCCGAGGUCCCGUCCUCUUCACGACGGAGGGUUUCGAGAAGCUGCCAUGGGCUGAAGUCCGGGGAAAGUUGUAUGCUUGAAGUGCCUGAGGAGACGGCGGCUGAGAGUGCCCGUGGAUUUUCUGAGCUAAUAAGUGGGAAAUUAGAUGAAUUUACUCUUUCGGGCUUUGAGGCCUGA